AUGGAGAGCGGCGGCCGGGCGGGGCUCCGGCCGGCGGGCGGAGGAGGAGGAGGAGGGGGCGGCUGGCUGCUGGUGGAGGCCCGGCUGCAGGGGGGAGCGCCGUGGGGCUUCACCCUGCAGGGCGGCCUGGAACACGGAGAGCCGCUCAUCAUCUCCAAGGUGGAAGACAGCGGUAAGGCGCAGAGUUUGGAGCAGCCUCUUCUGGUGGGAGACGAGAUCAUCGUCAUCAACGACGUGGAACUGAGCGGAUACCGACAGGAGGCCAUCGCUUUGGUCAAAGGAUCGUACAAGACCCUGAAGCUCACCGUCCGCAGGUACGGAGAUUAUGUGUAA